GUUGUUGGUGAGAUGAAUUUUAUUACUUUUUGCACAAAGUAGCUAUGAGAACUUCAUAAAAAAACAAAUAGAUUGUAAUGUAAUAUAGGAAAGUUUCUUUUCCAUAGGACAUUAAUAAAAAGUACAUCUAAAAGAUGAUUUAAAUGGAAGAACAAUUGGUUUUGCUACGCGAAGAAUGUUCUUCAGAAGAGUACAAAAGUUCAGUUAAACUCCUUUUCACAUACGUCAAAAAUAUACACAACAAUAGCACUGUGGAGAAGUACAGAAAACUUCGAACAGGAAAUGAAAAGUUUAAUGCAAAUAUAUGGAAAUAUGAAGCUUGUCGAACAAUGUUACUUUUAGCUGGCUUUGAACAGCAAGAUGAAUUUAUCGUUCUACCUAAAGGAAUUGAUGUUAAUCAUCUAUACACAACAUUAAAUGAUGUGUUAGCAGAAAUAGAACCUUCUGCUCUUCCAGCUGCUUCUCAAAAAUCUACACAGGAUACAACUGCGUCCACUAGUCAGACAGGAAGUCUAAAUUUGAUGGGUGCAAAAGGUGGCAGUUUAUUUGAAGAAGAUGUGAAAGCUGAUUUAACUUUACUAUCAUAUCUAAUGGAAAUGGGUUAUAGUAAAGUGGCUGCAGAACGCGGGUUAAUAGCGACUGGUAACAAGGGUGUUCAACCUGCAAUGGACUGGAUAGACGCGCAUCCUGGAUGCCACACUAAACCGUCAUCAGCAAAAGUGUCGACGACACAUGGUACAAAUGACGCGUCUUUGAUGGGUAUCAUGGAAAGUUCAAGUGGUGAAAUAGUGACAUCUCGUUUACAAAAAUCUCUUGAUGAGAAGCAUAAAUACCAAGAAAAGUUACGAUUACAAGCAAUCAAGAAAGCAAGGUUAGAUAAAGCUGAGGAUAAAAAAGCUCGUGAAUAUUUAAAGAAAAAUAUAGAAUCAGAAAGAACGCUAAGCAAAGAAAAGUUUGAGCGGGAAAAGCAUGUUCGACAUGCUGAAAUUGAAGCAAAUACGACGUCGCACGCAACUGAUCAUCCAGCUUUGUCAAGUUCAUCUGGUGCAAGUAGCAACAUAUGUCGCAUCCGUAUCAAAAAUAUAGACGGAACUCAUGUUACUUGGGAAGGUGAUAAGAACACGAGUGUAAAAGAUUUUUACAGUUACGUGAAAACAUUAGUAAAAACUGCUGAUGAAUACCAAGCUGUUGUACCUCAUCCCCACGUGAUCUUAGAACCAAAUGACGAGGCAUCGUUACUGGAGAAAGGUCUCCAUCCUACAUCCACGAUCGUAAUACAAAAAUUAAACCAAAAUCAGGCAGCUACUUUCAUAAACGGGUUGAUUAUUGAAUCGUCGUCCGAUGCAUUGACGACACACAACGAUGUUGAAGACGCUGCUGAGAAAAUGUCAUAAUAUUGAUAUGUUUUUUUACUGUAUAUUUUUAAGAAGAAAAGAAUAAUUACUUCUCGUUA